AGCGGCACGAUUCCGAUCCAGGGGGGCGAUUUUUCGUUUCCCAAUUCGUUCCAAAUGAUCCAGAUUGAUGCGGUAAUGUGAACGCGAACCGGAAAUGUGCGUGCCAAUGUAGAUUAUGUAAAAUCUCGUGUAAAAAUCAGUGCUUAUUAUUGUAGCGCGUAGAUUAGCUUCGCCGUUUAUUGUGUAGAGGUUUCGCUUUCCUGGAUUUGUAAAAAUGAAGUUAGGCUUUCUGCCCACAGACCGAGAACAAUUCCGCAGGGAUGGACUGGUCCUGUUCAGCAAGUUAAUUCGCACAAAAAACGUCGACGGUUUGCAGGAAACCGUCCCGGAACGAUCCGACGACCGAAAACAGAAACUUACGAAAUGCUUGACCACCUUGGACCUGACGUCACUAGGAGUGGGGAGUUGCGUAGGUACCGGAAUGUAUCUGGUGGCUGGGAUGGUAGCAAAAAACGUCGCUGGCCCGGGCGUGGUCAUCAGCUUUAUCAUAGCAGCUAUAGCUAGCAUUUUUUCGGGAGCGUGUUAUGCGGAAUUUGGGGUGCGAGUACCCCAUACCACAGGCUCCGCCUACAUGUACUCAUACGUGACAGUGGGGGAGUUUGUGGCCUUCAUCAUUGGCUGGAACAUGAUCCUCGAGUACCUGAUUGGUACCAGCGCAUGCGCAUGUGCGCUCAGCGCCUGCUUUGACGCGCUGGCCAAUGGGGCCAUCGGCAAGGCUUUGCACACUCGAUUCGGGGACUUUAUCGGUGGAGACCCCGACUACAUGGCCUUCUUGAUCACGCUGCUGAUGACGCUGGUGCUUGCCGCCGGGGUCAAAAAGUCGCUGAUCUUCAACAAUAUUCUAAAUGUGAUCAACUUUUCCGUGUGGGUGUUCAUCAUGAGUGCGGGAAUGUUUUACGUUAACACCGAUAACUGGACCAAACAUGACGGUUUCCUAGCGAAAGGCUGGCCAGGGGUUUUUACCGGGGCGGCCACAUGCUUCUACGCAUUCAUCGGUUUCGAUAUCAUCGCCACCACCGGCGAAGAGGCGGCCACCCCAAAGAAGUCCAUCCCAUUGGCCAUCAUUUCCAGCUUGGGGAUCAUCCUCACGGCUUAUGUCACCAGCUCGAUGAUGCUCACCUUAAUCGUUCCCUAUACGGAGGUGGACCAGGACUCUGCCCUGGUGGAGAUGUUCGGGCAAGUGGGGGCGUUCCGAUGCAAGUACAUUGUGGCCGUAGGAGCCCUGGCAGGUCUCACUGUUUCCAUGUUCGGCUCCAUGUUUCCCAUGCCCCGUAUCAUCUACGCCAUGGCCCAGGACGGGCUGAUUUUCAAAACAUUCUCGCAAGUUUGGCCCAGCACUGGAACCCCGGCCUUGGCCACCUUUUGUAGCGGACUGGCCGCUGCAGUUGCUGCCCUGUUCAUUCGCCUGGAAAUCCUUGUGGAAAUGAUGUCGAUAGGAACCCUGCUUGCCUACACGCUGGUUUCCACUUGCGUGUUGAUUCUGCGCUACCAGCCCCACUCUACCAACCUUGUAGAGUUGCUGCCUCAAAGCCUGCGCACUCCACUGCGAGGCUCCCCCACCAAGGAGGGCGUCCAGCACAGCCCCAAUGGGACUGCAGGUCUUUACGGCAACCAGCUGGCUCCGGAUGCGCUCCGGCAGGCCAUCGACGCCAACCUGGAUCUGCCUCACGGCCCCACUCCGUCUCCAUCGCCUCUUCCUUCGCAGCCCACUCAGCGCGUGAUGGUACGCAGAAUCACCCGCAGCUCGCCGGAUAGCGACGACACGUUUGGAGCAGACGAGCAGGAGGAGGAGUACUCGAUGCGGGACGAUCAGUUCUUGGUGUCCGAUCGAACCGAGAACAAGUUCUACGGAACUCUGCACGGGGCAGGCAGCGCCACCAGCACUGGAGGAGUGGUUGGAUCUACUGUGGGGCCCAGCUUGGGGUAUUUAGGGCGAAGACUGCAGGAAGCGACUUAUUUGUGUCCGGCUAUCUUCCCCUGGGUGGACACCGGGCCAGCCACCGAAGAAUCGGGCAUGUUCGUGAUGAAACUAGUCGGCAUCCUCUACCUGCUCAUCAUCAUCUUCGAUUUGAUCAUCGUCAACGGCAUGGACAACAUGAACAACGCCACCACCGUCUUUCUCUUCUUGUUCUUCUUCGCCAUCCUCGCCCUCUUGCUGGUGAUAUCCAGAAAGCCGCAAAACAGGAACACCAUUCUGUUCAUGACUCCCGGGCUGCCGUUCGUGCCAGCGAUUGCCAUCACUGUAAACAUUUACCUCAUCCUCAAGCUGUCCAAGCUGACGCUCGUCCGGUUUACCAUCUGGAUGUCUUUGGGAUUCAUCAUGUACUUCUACUAUGGCAUUAAGAACAGCACGUUGGAGGAGCACCCGGAUGCCGAGGGCAACAUCGAGCUAACGGUUACUGACCACGAGAAGAACAGCUUCGGAAACCCGUCGCCUUAUAGGCCAGACCAAAAUAUCUUCCAAGACCAAUCGACGUACAGUUGGAACCCCAGCAUGUCUUGGGACCACACUCCGUCUUGGGCGAUGCAGCAACAGCCGCAACAGCCCAACACUUGGGGACAGCCGCAGUACCAAGUGGAGCAACAGUACAACGUGCAAACCAACAACACCAGGUCUGUCAUCAAUAAGCCGACUUCUGGACGAGCUCAGACUUCCGCUGCAGCAUCUGGAACGACUUCCAGUUCCAGCUCAGCGCCUGGACCAACUCUGUUCGUCAACGACCCGACUGCCUUUCCCACUUGGGAUGACUAAAUUAGUACAGAGUGAAGCAACUAAAGAGGCAGCAGACCAAGAGGGCGCCUGUUAUGCGCCUCCCAGGUAUGUUCGUCCGGGGGACUCGGCCAUGUUCGCAUCAUAUAUGAUGCGAACGAUUGCACAGUCCCAGUCGUUUCUGUUCUUGUUGAGUAUUUUUAGAUCGUAAGUAGGGAGUUAUGGUGAGUCGUCAAAUGCAGCUCAAUCCGUUCGGGGAGUGUAUUAAAUCAAAGCAAUGUACUUCAGUAGGGUUGCACUUGUUAAGCAACGGGACUACUGAUCCAAAGCCGUAGUGAUAGCCGGUCAACGAAAGUUUAAAUAGGGUUUAUUUAAUGUAAAGCAUGAACUUGUAUCCAGUGGACAGGAUUUCUCUAUAUGACGCAGCAUUAUUGAUUCACCGGGUUCGAAAACCUCAUUCCGAUUCUACGCUAACGUUCUAAGAUUCGUCAUUUAGGUUAGUUCGCCCCGGGGGGGUUGGGAUUCAUUUUGCUUUUUACGCCCCCUAAGAAGUCAUCUAUGUAUAGUCGAGUCGUUCCAUUAGGUUUAGGAUUAAGCCUCUUUCACCUCUGUUAAGUGUGCGUAAUUGAUUAGUCAGUAGUAGAUCCCAGUAGCUGAGGUCGCAAGCCAAAAGGGUAAUUUUUGUCCAAAUUGAGUCUUGGGGAGUAACUAAUAUGAAGAACACUGCGCCACAAAUUUAACGCAAAGCCUGAAUAUUUCCAAACGCUUGACUGUGAAUUGUGAACAAUUUUUACAAUUUCUUUUGCGAACUUUAGCUUUACUUUUGGGCGAAAUUUAAUUUAUAAGAUUGCAGCAAGCAAAAAAUGUAUUAAACAUAUUGUACAGUGUUUCAAUAGAGCCAUGCUUAAUUGGCCAAAGCUUAAAUGGGUCUGAGACCAACAUCGGGAAGCUCAGGCAGAAAAAAAUAUAUCGUCUGUUAACCCCCGGCCAUUUAAGAGACAUACAUUUUUUGUGGGCGGUCACAUUUUCCGCACGAAAUUACUUUCAAACAUUUCCUGAAAAGUUGUGCAAACAAAAUUUUAAUACAAGCUUACAGCUGUCGACUUGCGUGGCAAAAUAAACAGCCAUCAACUUACAAUGAAAUCAAAAGAGAUACACUUUCGAGGGCAUUCCUUGAAACUAAUUGGUUUUUCGGGUUUUUAGGCCGUCGUUUG